AAAAGAAUCAAGAUGGCGGUGAUGCGGAUACUUUUGUGAUGAGUUUCAAAAAUUGACAGUUGCGUUUUUCUUUUUUUCUAAUACUUGUGGAUAGAUUGAACCCCGUAGAAUGUUGCUUUGAAAUGGAUGAAAGGUGCUCUUUGGAGGCAAUUGUAAAUCGUAUCACUUCCUCAAAUUCCUUAAAUCCUGGCUUAAAUGAAAUCGAAAGAAGCGAUUCAAGAUCAAAGGUUCGAGAGGUAAUCUUCAUCGACGACUCCCCUUCUACUACUAUAAAUGGAGAAACGCCAAGUCCAUCGAUCCACGAAGAAGAUGAUAAUUCAAGUGUGCAAGAAGUUUUUCUUGACAACACGACUGUGACAUUAAGUUCCCGGCCGCUUGUCGUGCACAUUCAAGAUGACUUGGACGAGGAAAUCGAAAUCAACGGUUUACCGAGUUCAAGUGAAACGUCAUUAAAUCUUAAUAAUUCUUUCUCGAUCGUGAUACCUUUUCAGGAUUCUGGUAAUCAAAUAACCUGCUCUCCAGAAGUUAAACACACACUCAAGAAUUUUACAGUACCUUGUUUAGAUUCAAUAACUUCCCUCAAAUCUCAAUAUGAGUCCAGGUAUGAACUUCAUCUAAGACUUCGCAAGGUUGCAGGCUCCAAUAAUAGAGUUCCUCGAAGUAGGUUGUAUAAAUUUAAGAAAGACCUACAUCAACAACUUGAUGAGUGGGAAAAAUAUUUAAAUGAACAAAGUCAUAAUGAGGCAUAUAUUGCAGUUGAAAACACGAUAGAUAAUGAAGGCCCACCAAGAGACUUUGAAUACAUCACUCACAAUUUACUGCACGAAGACGUACGUCAUGUACAUAAUAAUGACUUUCUUGUGGGUUGUAGCUGUGAACGAAUUUGUAUGAAAGAGAGUUGUGAUUGUCCGCGGAACGGUGCACGUGGAGGACAGUUUGCUUAUGAUAGAAAUGGCCGGGUGCGUGUUAAACCAGGGACACCAAUUUAUGAGUGUAAUUCACGCUGCCCUUGCGGUCUGUCCUGUAGGAAUCGUGUCUUGCAGAGGGGACGCACUGUUAAGGUAAGGUGAAAAAAUGAACUAAUAUUGUUAAAAUGCCUUUAAUUUGCUGAUUCUACACACUAUUGUUUUACCAUGCACCCUCAAUAACCACACAACAAGAAAGCUGGACAAACUGUUUUUGAAAGCUGUAACAUUGACAAAAUUGUGUGGUGCCAAAUAGACCUUUUUUCCGAUACGGCGGCCAUAUUGAAUUAAUUCGAUUUAAGGAGUAUUAAAGGAUGCCCAGGGGGCAUGAGCACAUUUCAUUUGUAUUUUCAAGCGCUUUUUGGGACAUUUUUUCUUAAAGUUUUCUUAGAAUAAGACUGUAAUGGGAAAAAAGAUCCUUGUGCCGUGUUUUGAUGUAAUAAUGAUCGCCUUUUUCCCGAGAAAUGUACAAUGAAAGAUCAUAUUUCUAAUACUAAACUAGAAGAAGGCGAUCAUUAUUACAUCCAAACAUGGCACAAGAAUCUUCUCACUACUGCCAAAAGAGAAGUAGUAACAAGAGUACAACAGAGACCACUAAUAGGGUCAAGAAUACCAUGACAAAAAUAAUCUGCGUUUUUAGUUUUAUUUGACUCAUAUUUUGGAAAUCUCCAUGUUUGAGGUCCCAAUCUCCAUUUUUUUUUUUUUUUUGGGGGGGGGGGGGCUUUUUUUCAAACACUCUAGAUUUGCAUGGCUUAGGGGUUAGAAGGUCUGCUAUUGUUAUCAUAAUAUCAUGGUGUCUUGUCUUAAAAAAAAAUUUGUAUUGUUGGAAGAAAUAUCAUACUUCACCGAUGCAUGGGUGUAUUAUUGUCACCCUAGGAAAAACUAGAACUUAAAAUCCAGUUCUGUGUAUUAUCAGGUGGCAAUAUUUCGUACUCCAAAUGGAUGUGGCUGGGGUGUCAAGACAAUGGAAUUAAUAGAAAAACAUCAGCUGGUCACUGAAUAUGUUGGAGAGGCUAUUACUCAGGAGGAAGCAGAAGAGAGAGGCAAAGUUUAUGAUAGCUGUGGGCAGACAUACUUGUUUGAUUUGGAUUUCAACGAAGGGGAGUGUUUGUAUACUUUAGAUGCAAAGAAGUAUGGUAAUAUAUCUCACUUCAUUAAUCAUUCGGUAAGGAAGCUCCCUAUGGUUAGCUUUGGGCACGAUCCAUUCAACCAAAAUUUCCGGAAAUUUCGGUCCAAAACUCAAUGGAUCGGUUCGGUCCAACCGGAAAAGUUUCGAAAAAACGGGUCCACCUUUUGACAUGGACCACUUUUCCCGAUCGGACCAGUUGAAAUUUUGGUUGAAUGGAUCGCGCCCUUUUAUAUCAACAAGUAUGGCAAUAUAUCACUUCAUUAAUUAUUCAGUAAGGAUGCUCUCUGUAGAAAGUUUUGAUACCAACAAGUAUAUUCUACUAUACUCUCCAUACAUCUCCUUGUGUAAUAAUGAAGACCUUUUGCUUCAAAUUUUUGGUUUUCGUGCAAUUUUUUUCUAUAUUCUUUCCCCUCUGUCUUACCUCUACCUCUUACCCCUACAUUAAGAGUGCUUUGCCCACAUUAUGUUCUUUCUUUUUCUUUCUCGCACUCCACACUCAUUUUCGCAAACUUGCUUCUCUCGCGUACUGGUCAUUAUUUGUAAAGAAUAAGAAAACAAGUUCUGUGUACACAGUUUUCUCCUUAUCAGGAGGUAACCGGUAAAAUUUACGACCUGAAGCAACAAUUCUUAUCACCUGCAACGGCCUGAAGGUUUACUGAAGUACUUACAAGACAAGUUGUGAUCUGAUCUGAUUCUCACAUGCCACAAGGAAAUGAAUUAGUAGUAAAAAGCACUAAAGUAUGCACAGCUUUUCUUUUUAUGGACCAUGCAUUUUGGAAAGAGAACAUUGAAGACAGAGUAAAACUAUUAGAAUAAAUCGUUUUGAAUUGUUGUGUAAAGGUAACAGCGGCCAAUUUAAGUAAAAUAGAUUUUAAGAUGAUGGAAUGAUGAUUCAGAGAACUUAGCUCCCAAAUUUCUCAGCAAGGGCGGGGCUAUGUCCUGCACUCCAUAACACCCCUGCCGCCAUGAAAGUGCACCUUUGGUGCAUAUUUUUUGCCUUACCUGCCAUGAAUGGUCCCUGACCUGCUGAGCUAAAAUUUAGGAAGAACACUGGUACAGGCUAGAAUUUUCAUUACUUUCUCUUCACAGUGUGAUCCAAAUUUGGAUGUUUAUGCAGUGUGGGUAGAUUCACUUGAUCCCAACUUUCCACGCAUAGCUUUCUUCGCCAAUCGUAGGAUCAAGGUUGGUGAGGAGUUGACAUUU